AGCUUACCGCUCUCUCAAACGCUUGCUUUGGCUUUGCGUUCCAGUUCGCUCGCCCUCAUUUCUCAACUCUCUCAGAGCAGUGCCUUCUCGAGGAACGAACGGAGCGGCGAUGGCGACGGACGUCGUAACUAAUUCCGACCGAUUCAACAACUUCUUCAUGGAGCUCGAGUCUCGAAAAUCCCUCCUCACAACCAUGACUCAGCUCUACAAAACCCUAACUGACCAUUUCUCGUCGUUAGAACAGUCUCUCUCUGAGAAAUCGCAAGCCCUUGAGUCGCAAAUUGAAGCCUUCGAUGCGCAGACCAAGGAAACUCUGGAGUCGCUGGAGAGUCGCGACAAGGCCAUUCCUGAGCGGGAAUCGGCCGCCGCCGCUCGCAUCGAGGAGCAACGGAAGGCGGCGAUUUCUGAAAUUGAAGGGGAAGCCAGCGGAGGAGGAGAGAGGAGUUUGUCGGAGGUCUUGAGAAUUUACUGCCGGAGGAUGGACGCCAAGGGGCUGGUGAGGUUUAUGUUGUCGAAGAGGAAGGAGUCGUCGGCGCUGCGGGGGGAGAUUGCGUCAGCGGUGGAGGAGGCGGUGGACGCAAUGAGGCUGGUGCUGGACGCGCUGGAGGAGUUUGUGGGGUUGAAGGUGGAGGCGAAGGCUGGGAUGGCGGACAGGCGGUGGGCUUGUGGGUUGUUGAUUCAGGUAGUGGUGCCGUUGGGUGAAUCCAGUGGCACUGUGGCGACCAGCGUGAGGGAGAGGGCGGCUGGUGUUAUGGAGAAGUGGAAGGGACUGUUGCAAAGUGCAGAGAGCGGUGCGGCUGGAGCUGGGGCAGGGGAGGUGACAAUGUUUCUGCAAAUGGUGGUUGGGUUUGGGUUGAAGGAGAAGAUGGAGGAAGAGUAUCUGAGGAAGUUGGUGGUCGAUUUUGCGACAAGGAGGGAUAUGGCAAAGAUUGCCGUGGCUUUGGGUUUUGGGGAUAAAAUCAAAGAUAUAAUUGAUGAAUUGGUGAAGACUGGAAAGGAGAUUGAGGCAGUAUAUUUUGUUCAUGAGUCUGGCUUAAAAGAGCAGUUUCCUCCGGUUUCACUACUGAAGGCGUGUCUCAGAAACUGCAGAAAAAAUGCCAGUAACAUAUCAAAGAAAGGAAACUACAGUUCGGCUGCAGUGGAAGAGGCCAACAACACAGAAUUGAACACCACCAAAGCUAUCAUAAAAUGUGUGGAAGACCAUAAACUUGAAUCAGAGUUCCCUUUCUCCAUUGAGAGCCUAAAGAAGCGAGUUGCACAGAUGGAGAAGGCUAAAGCAGACAAGAAAAAGAGCGCAGCAUCCACAAGCAAGGGCUCCAAGCGGGCCCAUGGAGGCGGUGGCAGGGGGAGUGGUCCUCUAUCUUUCCGGCCACCCAAAGCAGGAAGAUUUUCUAAUUCCUCGCCUUCUUUCCGCAGCGGGAACCCUCCCCCAUCACACCAGGCGGCAGCCAUCAGGUUUUCCGCACCAUACAACUAUGCAGCUCAUGGCAUGUACGAGGGUCCUGCCACCGCCUCAUAUGCACCCGGCUAUGCCGGAGCUCAUGCUCAAGCCCCUGCUGCAAUUCCUCAACAGUAUCCCGUUCCUUCCCAGGACUAUGGAGCCACUGGGGCCAGGGUUGCUGGAUCAUACGGAGGACCGGGAUCAUAUGCAACGCAGACGAACUAUGGCACAUACGACUAUGGCGGUGCAGCUGGAGCUGGAUACUCAUCAUACACCCAGUAGGUACCUCUGGAUCAGGAUCCUCGCAUUCGCCUGUUCAUUACUUUUAAGGAUUUGAAAACAAUGAAUGAUACAACUGCUAUCUAUGUUUCUGUUUUGUAGAAUUCACAAGUUACCAUGUUUUGACAGGCGAUCCCCCUCUCCUAGCAUUUAGAUGUUUAUUUCUGUAAAAUGCUUAGAUUCUCGUUUCUAAAGUAUAGACAAAAAUUUUUACCCGA